AAUGGCCAUGCCACAGAUAAGUCAAGCCGACCAAGCUAAACUACAGCUCAUGCAAGAAAUGGAAAUCGAAAUGAUGUCUGACUUAUAUAACCGCAUGACAAAUGCUUGCCACAAAAAAUGCAUCCCACCACGCUACGGCGAAGCUGAAUUGGGUAAAGGCGAAAUGGUUUGCAUUGACCGCUGCGUGGCCAAAUACCUGGAUAUUCAUGAGAAAAUUGGCAAAAAACUAACCGCCAUGUCCAUACAGGAUGAGGAGCUAAUGAAAAAGAUGUCUGGUUAAUCCACAAAAAGACCCACAACAACUCAGGCUACAAAACCAAUUCAUAAGAAAUAAAUAAAUAUUUUUUAAUAAGUUAGUUUUAAGCUUGCUCCUUUCACAUGCCGACUACAUUUAUCAUUUUUCCGAUUUCCGAUUUUCUUUUGUUACCGUUACAACGUUUUGCUGUGCAAAGUGAGAAUAUGGGAAUAUAUUAUAAAUGUUGUAAAUGCA